AUGGCUGAUAAUUAUAGUAUUAAGUCUUUGCAGGACAGUGAGAAAGCUAGAACACCCGAUGAUGAUGAAAACAGUUUGGCCCGUGUGGUUCUAUCCCAAAAUGAAGAAUACAUCUUUCUAGGAAGACAGAAGUUCCGUAAGUCAGACCUUUACGCCGCUUUCGGAGGUACUUUGAAUCCCGGUGUCACAGCACCACCAAUUCACAAGUUUGGUAAUCCUGCUCCACUGGGUUUAUCAGCUUUUGCUCUUACUACUUUUGUUCUUUCAUUGAUAAACGCUCAAGCUAUGGGAGUUACACAAACAAACGUGGUCGUGGGACUGGCUCUCUUUUACGGUGGUUUGAUCCAGCUAUUGGCUGGAAUGUGGGAAAUGGCUGUUGAAAACACGUUUGGUGCGUUGGCUCUGAGUUCGUACGGAGGAUUUUGGCUGUCGUAUGCAGUUUUGAACAUCCCAUGGUUUGGAGUUGCCAGUGCCUAUGAGCAGUCCAGAGAUUUCCAAGUGGCCGUGGGAUUCUACCUACUGGGCUGGACUAUUUUCACCAGCAUGCUAUGCCUCUGCACAAUGAAAUCCACCGUCGCAUUCUUUUUGUUAUUCUUCUUCUUGGCCAUUACAUUCCUCAUGUUGACGGUUGGAGAAUUGGCUCCCUCAGUUAACUGUACCAGAGCAGGGGGUGUUCUUGGAGUCAUCACAGCUUUUAUUUCUUGGUACAAUGCUUACGCAGGUCUAAGUACCCCAGAGAACUCAUAUAUACAGGUAUCAGCUGUACCCUUACCUGGCUCUGCAAGCAGAGGUCUCCGAACCAAAUAG